AUGAAGCUGACGAGGAAGAGGUGCCCAGUACCACUUUACUGUUCUCUGUUAUCUCUGCGAACCAUUUUAACUUCAGGCGCCGGCUUCUUUACCGAUUCCUACGAUGUUUUCGUCAUCAACUUGGUCACACCCAUGCUGGGCUACAUCUACUAUUCCGGUCCCAACAAAAUGCCUGCCGAUAUAGAAGGCAUUCUUAAAGGCAUGGCGUCCGUCGGAACACUUUUUGGGCAGAUUUUGUUUGGUUUUCUCGGCGAUACAUUUGGUCGAAGGAUCUACGGUUUCGAACUUAUUAUCAUCAUCGUCGGUACCAUCAACUGCGCCACGGCCUCCUCAGCUAUUCGAGGCGUCUCGGCCAUUGCAUUUUUGGGAUUUUGGCGUCUCAUACUCGGUCUUGGUAUUGGCGGCGAUUACCCCAUGAGCGCGACCAUCACGUCCGAGUGGUCUUCGACGGGUCGGCGAGGCAUGAUGCUAGCCUUGAUCUUUUCCAUGCAAGGCAUUGGCAAUUUGGCAGCGGCCAUCGUGACAUUGAUCAUGCUCGCUAUUUUCAAGCAAGGGAUUCAAUCCGACGUCUACAUGCUCGAUUAUGUUUGGCGGUUUUGUAUCGGACUAGGCGCGGUGCCGGCCUUUGCCACCAUUUAUCUACGUUUUAGCAUGCCAGAAUCGCCUCGCUACUCACUCAAUGUCCAGCAUAAUGCUCGAGCCGCGGCGGAAGCCAAAGGCCACGAACCCUCCACUGAUCUUAUUCGACAGUUUUCCAAUCCAGAUCGAGCGCCCAAGCGAAAUCACUGUCAGGAAUUUUUCGCCUACUUUCGCCAGUGGAAGUACGGCAAAGUAUUACUGGGGACGUGCUUAUCGUGGUUUCUUCUGGAUAUUGCAUUUUACGGUCUCGGCUUGAACAAUGCGUAUGUGCUGAACGCCAUUGGGUUCUCCAACAAAAGCACCCCCUUUGAUACACUGUGGGCGAAUACCGUCGGCCAGCUUAUCAUUACCUGUCUUGGUUCGGUGCCAGGGUACUAUCUGACGGUGUUUUUCAUUGAACGCAUGGGCCGUCGCCCGAUCCAGAUUAUGGGGUUUGCCAUGUGCACUAUCUUGUUCACCAUCUUGUCUGCCGCUUACUACCAAUUGCGGGAUCAAGCCUUGCCGGCCUUUAUUACCAUUUUUACCCUUGCCCAAUUGUUCCAAAAUUUUGGUCCCAAUACCACGACAUUCAUUAUUCCGGGUGAAGUGUUUCCCACCAAAGUCAGAGCAUCCGCUCAUGGCGUUUCCGCAGCAUCAGGCAAAGCAGGCGCCAUCCUGGCCGCUUUUGCUUUCAAUGUCGUUUCCGAUAUAGGCAGUAAAAAGCCGGGCGAUCAUGCAUUUUUACCACAAACCCUUGGUAUUUUUGCCGCCAUCAUGUUUAUCGGUAUGAUUGUGACGAUCCUGUGGAUUCCGGAAUCCAAAGGUAGAGACUUGGAUGAAUUCGAAGAAGACUAUGUUCCUCCCGUCAAUCUACCCUUGGCAAGAAUGUUCUCCGGACGAAGAAGCAAUCGAGCCAGCGGAUCCCAAGCUGGCGGGCCUCAUCGGUCAUCCGACCAAUCCAACGUUCCUGCCACCUCCACUGAAGAAAUGCAAAACAAAGUAUAA